UUUAGUUUUUUUACUGCUUCAUCUGUGCCAACACGCUUAUUUGCACUGAUUUCUUUUACAACAAUUGUACAUCGAGUGACCUGUGGAGAAAUCCAACUGCCGGGAGCAGCAGAAGACUUGGAGCCACGAUGUGCUGAAGAUGCGCCAGUGAGUCAGCUGAGUGAACAUAAGUGGGUGGCUGUGCAGCACUUGUGGUCAGAAUCAGAACUUUCUUUCAAUUGACUCGAAUGCCGGAUGGAGAUUUGAUUAGAGGAGUCUGGACUGUGUGCAAGUGAAUGUGAUUCAUUCCACAUUUCUUCACGUUCGCACAGAGUGCUGAAAGUGAAGAGGACAAGGAAGCUCAGCGAGAAGUGGAAUUAAAACAGUCACAUUCGGUGUGUUAAAGUUUGUGGAUUUUCGCGCGAAGCCACGACAGAAGGAGAAAUUGCGACUCUGCUGAUUCUCAUUUCACGAUCAAACACCUCGCCAUCGAGUCAAGUGACAUAGUUUUAUUUUCUGUGUCUCUGCAUUUAAAGUGUGUUAUAGAGCAUUUUUAUUGUGUGUGAUUCAUAGAGAGAAAGAGGAAAAUUCGCUCAGUGUUUCGUGGCUGCAAUGAUCUUUUAGUGCUUCUGAGGUGAUCCUGAAAGUGCUGAGAGUUGUUUUGAGUGCGUGGAAAACAUGGCCCGCGAAGGAAGGUUUCAAUUGUGUGACAAAUUGGCCUCAAUAUUGGUGAUAAUUGGCGUCAUUAGUGUCUGUGUUCACGUACUGGCUGUUGAUCUCGAGGGACCGAAUAUCUGCAAGCGUGAAGAAGAAUAUAUUAUUGAGGUGGUGACUGUUGAGAAGCAGGCGUACCAGGAACUUGUGAGCGAGUGGUGCUGGAAUGUGCCGCCGAAAUGCCAGAAAUACAAGAUAAGAUUCCGAGAUGUCAAUAAGACACAACCGAUUUCAAAGAAGAGAAUCAUCAAGGAUUGUUGUGAGGGUUACGGCAAGAAUGCGGCCGGAAAUCGGUGUAUUCCCAUCUGCACGGACUCGUGCCAGUUCGGCAUCUGCGUGGCGCCGGACGUGUGCAAGUGCGAGCCCGGCUACGGCGGCCCAUCGUGCGACAUCACCUGUCCGCCGAUGACAUGGGGCCGCGAGUGCACCAAGAAGUGCGACUGCGAGAACGAGGCCACGUGCGAUCCGUACAGCGGCAAGUGCAAGUGCGCCAAAGGAUUCAUCGGCGAGCGGUGCAGCGAGAAGUGUCCGUCGGGAAAGUACGGCGAGGGAUGCUCAGAGGUGUGCCGCUGUGAGAAUGACGGGGAGUGCGAUCACAUAUCCGGGGAGUGUGUCUGUCAGCCAGGAUGGUCAGGACCACUAUGCGAUGAGCAAUGUCCGGAGGGAAUGCAUGGCAAUCAGUGCAAGCAGGAGUGUCGAUGUCAGAAUGAUGGGAAGUGCAAUCCGGCGAACGGCAAAUGCGAUUGUCCGCCUGGAUGGAUCGGCAGUGUGUGUGCCAAUCGCUGUCCGCCGGGAAGUUUCGGUGCAAACUGUUCGCAGAACUGUGAAUGCUUCAAUGGAGCAUCUUGUCAUCACAUCUCGGGCGAGUGUGAGUGCGCCCCGGGAUUCAUGGGGGAGAAGUGCCUGGAUGCCUGUCCUAGUCAUCGAUAUGGUAUCAAUUGUGCCGAAGACUGUCACUGUGAGAAUGGCGCAAAGUGUGACCCUUCAGAUGGUCACUGUUCCUGCACGCUGGGCUGGAAAGGCGUGAACUGUGGCGAAAGGAUCUGCGAAGCGGACUUGUAUGGCGAGAAUUGCACAAACAAGUGCGAGUGCGACGCUGAACAUACGGAAAUUUGCCACCCGUGGACGGGGAAGUGUGACUGCAAACCGGGCUGGAGUGGAGAGUUUUGCGACCGUCCAUGUCCCAUUCUCACCUACGGACGCAAUUGUCAGCUGUCUUGCGACUGCCAAAACAGCGGCCAGUGCUCCAACAUCAACGGCACGUGCUUCUGUGCGGCAGGAUUCCGAGGAGAGCACUGCGAACAACCCUGCUCGACGGGCUUCUACGGUGAGAACUGCUCGCAGAAGUGCGAGUGCCAGAAUGGCGCUAAGUGCAACACGGAGACGGGACAGUGCUCGUGCGUGGCCGGCUGGCAGGGACACGCGUGUGAUCGGCCGUGUGCUCCUAAGGAUGAGAAUGACAUCCUCACGUACUACUAUGGCGAGGGGUGCAAUAAGAGGUGCGACUGCCGCAAUGGGGCCGCGUGCAAUCCGCAGAACGGCACGUGCACCUGCAGUCCGGGUUGGGAGGGUGAAAACUGCGAGAAGAAGUGUGAUUUUGGCUUCUUCGGCCAGGAUUGUCGGCAGAAGUGCGAAUGCGUGAACAGCAACACGCAUCACUGUGAAGCGACCACGGGAAAGUGCCACUGCAAGCAGGAUUGGGGAGGUGUCCAUUGUGAGACGCAAUGUCCCAUGGGAACUUAUGGCGAGCAGUGCGAGUACAUUUGCACCUGCAUGAACAAUUCAUCGUGCGAUCCGGCGACUGGAAAGUGCGUGUGUUCGCGCGGAUGGACGGGAUUUGAGUGUCGAGAUCCGUGUCCGCAGGGCUUCUAUGGACUGGGCUGCAAGGAGGAGUGCCCGAAGAGCAAUCACGGCAACGAGACGACAUGCGAUCACAUCACGGGAGAGUACAAGUGUCGUCCGGGAUACAUGGGACUCAUGUGCGAGCAUCCAUGCCCGGCGAACACAUACGGAGCGCAGUGCAGUCUCAAGUGUAACUGCUUCCACGGCGCCGAGUGCUCCCACAUCACGGGACAGUGCAAGUGUCUGCCCGGAUGGACGGGUGCCAACUGCAAGGAUCCGUGUCCGGACAACUACUACGGCAACAACUGUGCCUUCCAGUGCAAGUGUGGGAAGAAUGGCAAGUGUCGCAAAAACGACGGCGUGUGCGUGUGCAAUCCGGGCUUCAUGGGGCCGCGCUGUGAUGAGCUGUGUCCGGAAGGAUUCUUCGGGCAGCACUGCAUGGAGUUGUGCAACUGCAAGUCCAGCCAAUUCGUCUGCCAUGCCGCACAUGGUUGCGUUUGUAGGUCGAAUUUCAAGGGGACAAACUGCGAUAUUCCGAUAAUCAAUGGACCAGAGACUAUCAAAGCGGAGGAGACGACUUCUGCCAGUCUUGUCUUUGGCAUCAUUGGAGCCUGCAGCAUUGUGUUGUUGAUGUUCAUCCUCUUGCUGCUGUACUACAGACGACGCAUAGCUAAUAUGCGAGCGGAGAUCGCUGUUCAGUAUUCAUCAGAUCCGCAAGCAUUCCCGGAUCGCCAUCACUUCGACAAUCCUGUGUAUGCCUUCCAGGGGCAGCAGGAUAACAUUCGCCUGCUGAACAACAUCAUUAAGCCAUCCAGUGUGAAUCGGUGCAAUGAGACUGACUCGACCAUCAGCAAUGGCAGUCGAGCUGGAGCGUAUUCCAUCAAUUAUAGCUCGGACAUGUCGCAGAAGAACCUGAACGCUGACCUCACGAAUCCCAACAUCUAUCACAGCAUCGAUGAUCCGAGCAAAGAGGAUCACGUGUACGAUGAGAUCAAGCAGAAAGAGGAGUACAAGGACUUCGAGAAAGAAUACGAUCAUCUGGAUUACGCGCGUCCGGGCAGUUCUUUCAAGCCUCACUACCAUCGCAUGGCGAACAGCCUGAGCCAGCAGAAGGAGACGAAUCUUCCCAAAGUCAUCAACACUGCACCGAACCAGCCGAGUGACUCCACAACAGUUGACAUCACGCCACCGCCAGAAACUGCCUCGGAUGAGGAGCGGCCAGAGAGGCACGAUUGAAGACAACGCGUGUGCGCAUUGACAAUAAGAGCCAUGAUUUAAUGUGAAUUUACAGGAGUUUCGCGACUGCGUUCUUGCUCAAUAUUAUCUGCAGAGAAAAGUAUUUUAUAGUGUUUCACACGACGUAAAAGUCAAGUGCCAAGUUUUUAGUGUUGAGUUUCCAGUUAGGAAUUCAAUGGGCGAAGAAGAAAUCAUAUCUCACAACUAAUGAAAAUAAUUGUAAAUAAGAAUUAUAACAAAGAUCGUGGUCAAUUGCUCAAAAAUCCAUUAGAUGAAUGUUCCAAAUUACGGAAAUGUGAUAUUACACACGCUAAACAGUGUGAGCUGCAAAAGAGUUCAAGAAACUCAUCUCACCUGAUAAUUUAAUUCAAUUAACACAUUUUGGUGUGAAUCACAUAAAUUGCGCUUGCAUUUCGUUUCCCACUCGUGUCAAAAUUCUUUUGAUUAUUUCCCAAACACACUUCGGAAGUUGAUAUAACAUUAUUGUUCGCAAAAUGAGGUGAAAUUCUGUGAUAUUUACUGAUUUCUGAUAUAUCAUUCAAUUCUCUGGAAGAUUGUUGAUUUUUUUUGUAAGUGUUCUUUUAAUUGUUGGCAAUUCACUGAUGAUUUUUUCAAGCGCAAUAUUACCUCAGAAAUUGAUAAAGUUUUGGAGCCAAUUAAGAGGAGAUACUAAUUACGUAAGAAUACAAUUGGGUAGGGCUUAAAUCUUUGAAAGUCUAAUUAUAAAUUCUAUUGAAAAUCGUUAGGAAGAGCAAGAGUGAGAGCAUUUUUUAUAAUCAAGUUUUCGCGUGUGCGCUUCUUGUGAGUGUCGAAAGUUCAUCAUUGAGAGUAUGUUGUGUGUAUACAAUUUUUGAAAUAGACUAAUUAUCACUGAAUAGGUAUAAUUAAUACUCCUACGAAAUCAGUUUGUGUGUGAGAAUUGGAGAGGAAAUAUUCCUUACCCGCGAAAAAUCCCUUUCAUUUUGUGCUUCUAUUGAUUUUAAUUUAAACGAGGAAGAGUGCAUUUAUUUAUCGACGCACAGAGUUUCACUGUGACUAUCGCUUUUGAGUGGCUCAGGAUGUAAAAUAGGGUUCUCUCUUAAGUUAAGAGAACAGUCUUGAUGAGACGCUCUUUAGUAGUGUGGUUUGAUGAAUAUUAUUACAAUAUAUAAAUAUAUUUUAUAGGAAAUAUAUAUUUUUAGAGUAUUUUUUCUAUAGAAUAAUUAUAUCUAAGUGUGAUUUGAACUUUUAAUAUAUACAAUAUUAGGACAAAAACGUCAAAUAAAGAUUUUAUGAG